CAACUAGUACAUACACUGAGUUAUACUGCCUAUGUAGUGUUCCUAUGAAGACGUGUGUAUGAAUAAGUGAGCGAAACAUAAUUGUUGAAUGUUUCCUAGAUAUGUAUCAGGACUCUAUAAAGUAUACGUAUGUGACAAACGGUAGGGUGUUUAAUGAAUUGUACAUUUGUGAAUAGCACAAAAAAUUCGCGGGUGAGAAGUUUAUGCGUUAGACAACAUCCCAUAAACACGAAUGCUUCAAAAUUCAUGGAAUCAAAGGCAUGGUGGGACGGGGUGGGUGGUAGAGAAUUAGAAAAUUGUUACAACCCUGUGCUAGAAACAGUGGAAAGUGUAUAUAGAAAUCGCUUGAAUAUGUUAAUUAUGUUACGGCUUGCUGUUAAGAUACCAGUUUUAUAAAAUUUUAAGGCGUCUACUGGUGUUAUGGAAGAAACUAAUAUGACACCCAGGAACAAAUUGCGGGGUUCGAAUUCGAUGGGAAUGGGUAGCUUCAGCAUACAAGGACGUACCUAUGGCUCACAAGGAUCAAUAAACAACUUCCAUUCUGUGUUCAAUGGUGGCGGUGAUACCGGUUCGCCACCUGUGCUUGAUUUAUCGGAGUUUCCCUCUCUGACCAACAGAGGGCAACCUGAGCCCGUACCUCAGCCAAGUCCGAUGCAGAGCAAACAAACAUAUGGUAGGCCACUUAGGGCGGCAUUAAAUCCUACCAAGAGCUCACAUACUGAUAACAGUCCAGCGUUGAUGCGCCAUAGUCCAGAGGUUAACACAGGUGGAGCAACGAGAUUACACAAGCCAAAAGGGGCACGACCAGUCAGAUCGACAAUAAAUCCAUCCAAAAAUUGUCACUCUGAGCACAUUCCAGGCCUCACCUCUCAGAGCCAGGACAUCGACAUGGGAAGAGCAUCUGCAAGUAGACUGUUGAAAAACCAAGUAACUGUGGUGAAGGCACCACCAUCAGAAACAAAUGAAUUUACAAUGAGCUCGGAGGACUUCCCUGCACUGCCUGGUACUCAGAGGACAGAAGGACCAUCUCCCGGUGGAAGUUUAUCAGUGGAAAAGAAUCUCUCUGUAUCGAAUUCAGAUAUUGGACAAGAAACAACUGUUGGAAAUAGGGCACCUGGUGCUGAGAAGUCGCAGACCAAAAGAGGAAUACAAACAUCCCCUGAUGGUAAAGUGACGAGGAUUCCGGGAAGUAUGGUCAAGGACCAAUUUGGUAUGGUUGGUCUUCUAACAUUUAUUAGGGCCGCAGAAACAGAUCCUAAUUUGGUUUCCUUAGCCCUGGGUCAAGAUUUGACAGCACUUGGUUUGAAUUUGAAUUCACCUGACAAUCUGUACCCUAACUUUGGAGGGCCGUGGGCAGAAACACCGUGCCGACCUCAGGAUAUUGAUUUCCAUGUGCCUCCUGAAUAUCUUAUUAACCCUAAUAUAAGAGACAAACUGGGUCCAGUGAAAUUGAACCGGUACAAAGAUGACUUGUUGUUUUAUAUGUUUUAUACAAACAUUGGUGAUGUGGCACAGUUGGCUGCAGCAACAGAGUUGUACAACAGGGAGUGGCGGUAUCACACAGAAGAGAAGGUUUGGAUUACACAAGCACCAGGAAUGGGAGCUGUUGAAAAGACUUCGACAUACGAACGUGGUACAUACUUCUUUUUUGAUGCACAAAAUUGGCGAAAAGUGGCUAAGGAAUUUCACCUUGACUACAAUAAGCUGGAGGGCAGACCUCAAAUGCCAUCAACGAUUAAUCAGUCCCAAACUGUCAUGUAAUUUCGUUUUAUAAAUAUAUAUUUUUGAAUAAAAUAUGCAAAAAUAGUAAUAUAUGUGGACACUGUAAGUAUGCAAGAGAAAAUGAAGUAAGAGGCACAGCAAAAGCGGAUUUCUAUUUUCUGAGUACGUUUUUAUCUUUUAAUGUCACAUUCUACAUGAUUCGUCGGGUGUGGCUCUCAGCGUAACAUUGCCAGAAGUGUACUGUGUAAUACAUAAUUGUAUUUACAAGAGUAGUGAUCUGCAGACUGGUAUCAUGUUCAACAAAAGGAAGAAAGGACUUAUUUUCCUUCAGUUAUGUUGUCAAUAAUUUGAUUAGUUCAGUUUUGUAUGUUUUGUUUUAUUUCAUUUCUUAAUUGUGUUGUUUGUAUGAGAACCUGUUUACAACAUUCAUGUAUAUGUACAUAUUGUAUGUCGAGCUGUCUCUAAAAUUUGAGACAGCCAGAAUCGUGAACUUAUUAUAUGCAUUUAAAUGGUUAUUGUUAUGAAGAAUCCUGAAUAUUUUAUUUUUCCCUUGUAACAUAGAUUUUUUUUACAUAUCUUUACUGUAACUUCUACUUAUGUGACUGACCUGCUUUAAUCAAGCUAAUAUCUGAAACACAAGCAGAGACAGUAGUCAUGUGCUUUUAGAUUUGGAUUGUGCACAUGAUACUGUUUAAGUUCUACUGUAACAUCUGACACUCUUCCUCAUUGUUGCUACAUACAUUCUUUGUCUGUGCCUGAUGAACUAUAAAUUUUAUUUGGCAAUCCAAAAUGUGUGUGGAGGGCCUUCAUUUUGACAUAAUAUCAAAAUUUCACUUCUAAUUUAUUGUUUCGCAUCACAGUGGAAAUAAUAUUUAGUUUGUGUGCCUUCCAAAGCCUACUUUUGAAGCAGAUUUUCAAAAACCACUCAGGUACAAAACAUCUUUAAUUAUUCAGUUUUGAUGACUUUGCCUGGAAGAAUAUCUGCUGUUCUAUUAUGACAAUAUUAUGAAAAGGAAAGAUUGCUACUCCCUGUAUCACGGAGACAUUGAAUCGCAGACAUACACAACAGACUGCCAUACUUGUUAAGCUUUUGGCCAAAAGGCCUUUUUCUAAAGUAAAAACACCAUGCAAGCACAACUUGCAUAUGCAAAUGAUGAUUGUCUCUGGAAACUGAGGCCUCAGUGGCCAGACACCGUGGUCGCCUGCACAAGGGUGUGUGUGUGUGUGUGUGUGUGUGUGUGUGUGUGUGUGUGUGUGUGUGUGUGUGUGUGUGUGUUUACAUUAAAGGAAGGCCUUUUGGCCAAAAUCAAAAUCUUUUCAUUGUGUAUGUCUGCAUCUCAACAGCUCCUCUAUAUGCUGAGUAGCAAUCUAUCCUUUGCAUAAUAUUCUCAUUAUUCCAUCCUGGAUUUUUCAUUGUUUGCUGUUCUAGAAUUGUUCACUACUGUUGGUAUUUUUCACUUUUUACC